AUGGCGGAAGAACCCAUCGGUCGCGGGAAAGAAGGUUGUUUGAGGCAGCCCCUUUGGCAGCGAAAAAACAAGAGGAAAAAAAGCAACUUAUAUAUCAACAAGCGUGCAAGUGCGUUCGCACGCACGAGUGUGGGUUGGGGUGGCAAAGGGGGCAUGCGCCACCUUUUGGCUAUGUAUAUGGUGCAGCGACGAGAACGAGAGGCGAUGGGAUGGAAAAUCCGACUAAAAGGAAGA